GGUAACUCUGGUCCAGACAAUGCGCGGCUGGCAACUGCUGCUGUCCGUGUAGUUGGCUCUCUACAGGGCCUUCUCCCACACAGUAUACCUCAUCCUCCGACUGCUAGAGACAAUCCGCAUGCGGAGCGGUCAUCGCGCGCACCGUGGCGAAUUUUCACUUGAUUUUCUGUCGCAGAAAAGAGUGGUCCCUAUAGCUUGCCAGUAUUUCGGAAUAUGGUGGUCCUUGUUAAAUAUGAAUGAGUUCUCAUUUUUUACGUCUUAAAAUUCAGUGAUGGAUACAGUUUUAGAAUCCGCAUGAAAAUUGAAGUUUUGCGUUUCGUUUUAUUCAUUAAAGCUUGCAAAAUGCGUCGUGUCUGAGGCAGAAUCUACGGUCUCGACCAAAUCAGCCCAGGACCUGCGUAUGAGAAAAGCAAACCCGUGCUUUCCUAAUAUUUAGCAAACAUUGCAUUUGGCUUGCAUUCAUCCCCAGUUUUGGAUUGAUCGGAUGCGUCAGCGUUGGAAGCGGCUGUGGAGAACCCCAUAGCUUUCGGCAUGAUUUGACGUAACUGGAUUUUUUAACAGGGUAACUGGAUAUCUCUUACCUUUUAACUGAGAACAGCUACAUUCAAGUCAAGAAGCAAACUCCAUCAAGAGAUAGAUCCAUCCCUAUAUGGACUAAAUCUGGGUUCUUCGGGAUUUAAAACUAGCAAAUCACACGCAUCUUGUUCGGCGCUUCUUGGGAAAAUAGCCUUAAACUGUGGGAGACAUGAAAGUUGUUUCAGCAGUGUUGUUCCUUGCCAUAUUUUGGAGUCAGGAGUGGGAGCCCGUGCUUUCUGAUUCAAUCAUACACAUCGGGGCCAUCUUUGAUGAGUCUGCCAGGAAGGACGACGAGGUGUUCCGCAUGGCCGUGGCGGACCUCAACCUCAACAACGAGAUCCUGGAGACUGAGAAGAUCACCAUCUCUGUGGAGUUUGUGGAUGGGAACAACCCUUUCCAGGCAGUCCAGGAAGCCUGUGAGUUGAUGAACAGGGGGAUCCUGGCUCUUAUUAGCUCAGUUGGCUGUAUGUCGGCGGGCUCCCUGCAGACGCUGGCGGACGCCAUGCACAUCCCGCACCUGUUCAUCCAGCGUGCCCCCGCCGGCACCCCUCGCUCCAGCUGUCCCCUUGUCAGCCGCGGUCGCCAGGACGACUACACCCUCUUUGUUCGCCCGCCCGUCUACCUCAACGACGUCAUCCUCCAAGUGGUCAGCGAGUACAGCUGGCAGAAGUUCAUCAUCUUCUACGACCAGGAAUACGAUAUCCGUGGGAUCCAGGACUUCCUGGACAAGACGUCUCAGCAGGGCAUGGACGUGUCGCUGCAGAAGGUGGAGUCCAACAUCAACAUGAUGAUCACCAGCAUGUUCAGAACCAUGAGGGUGGAGGAGCUCCACCGCUACCGGGACACGCUGCGCCGGGCCGUGCUCUUCAUGAGUCCCGUCACCGCCAAGGCCUUUAUCACUGAGGUUGUGGAGACGAAUCUCAUGGCAUUCGACUGUCACUGGAUCAUCAUCAAUGAGGAAAUCUCAGACCAGGACGUCCAAGAACUGGUGAUGAAGUCAAUUGGGCGUCUGACCCUGAUCAGGCAGACCUUCCCCCUGCCCCAGAACACCAGCCAGCGCUGUGUCAAGCACAACCACCGCAUCAACACCUCCCUCUGCGACCCCAAGGACCCCAAAGCUCAGACACUGGAGAUCACCAACCGCUACAUCUACGACACAGUGCUGCUAUUGGCCAACACUUUCCACAGGAAGCUGGAGGACAGGAAGUGGCACAGCAUGGCCAGCCUCACCUGUAUCCGCAAGAACUCUAAGCCCUGGCAAGGAGGACGGCCUAUGCUGGACAAUGUCAAAAAGUCUGGAGUGAGUGGUCUGACUGGCUUCCUGGAGUUUACAGACAACGGAACCAACCCCAACAUCUACUUUGAGAUCCUGGGGACCAACUAUGGCGAGGACAGGGGCAGGGGUGUCAGUAAGCUGGCCACCUGGGACCCAGUGCACGGCCUCAACGGAACGCUGACAGACAGGAAGCUGGAGAACAACAUGAGGGGCGUGGUUCUGCGAGUGGUCACUGUCCUGGAGGAGCCCUUUGUGAUGGUGUCAGAGAAUGUCCUUGGGAAGCCUAAGAAGUACCAAGGCUACUCCAUCGACGUACUGGAUUCUCUCUCUAACUACCUGGGCUUCAAGUACGAGAUCUAUGUGGCCCCUGACCAUAAGUACGGGAGCCUACAGUCCGACGGGGUCUGGAACGGACUGAUGGGAGAGCUGGUCGCCAAGCGGGCAGACGUGGGUCUCUCGGCUCUCACCAUCACGCCAGAACGGGAGAGUGCGGUGGACUUCACCACACGCUACAUGGACUACUCGGUGGGUGUGCUGCUCAGGAAGGCCGAGCGUACCGUGGACAUGUUCGCCUGCCUAGCGCCCUUUGACCUGUCGUUGUGGGCGUGCAUUGCGGGCACCGUGCUGCUGGUGGGCAUCCUGGUCUACCUACUCAACUGGUUGAACCCGCCGCGCCUGCCCAUGGGUGCUGUCUCCUCCACCACCUUCUACAAUUCCAUGUGGUUCGUCUAUGGAUCCUUCGUCCAGCAGGGUGGUGAAGUUCCGUAUACCACCCUGGCCACGAGGAUGAUGAUGGGGGUAUGGUGGCUCUUUGCUCUAAUCGUCAUCUCCUCCUACACGGCCAACCUGGCUGCCUUCCUCACCAUCACCCGCAUCGAGAACUCUAUCCAGUCUCUCCAAGACCUUUCCAAGCAGACAGAGUUGCCGUACGGGACGGUGUUGGACUCGGCUGUGUAUGAGCAGGUGCGCAGUAAGGCCAUGAACCCCUUUGAGAGGGACCCCAUGUACUCCCAGAUGUGGCGCAUGAUCAACCGCACCGGAGGGGCCGAAAACAACGUGGACGAGUCCAAGGAGGGCAUCCGCAAGGUGAAGUACGGGCGUUUUGCCUUUGUGUGGGAUUCAGCGGUGCUGGAGUAUAUGGCCAUCAACGACGAGGACUGCUCCUUCUACACUGUGGGGAGCAAUGCACCAGAUCGGGGCUACGGCUUCGCCAUGCAGCACGGCAGUCCAUACAGGGACAUCUUCUCCCAGAGGAUCCUGGAGUUGCAGCAGAACGGGGACAUGGACAUCCUGAAGCUGAAGUGGUGGCCCCGGGACAGCCCGUGUGACCUGUACUCAGCGGUGCACACCAAACACCGCGGCAGUGCCCUGGACAUCCACAGCUUCGCCGGCGUGUUCUGCGUGCUAGCGGCCGGAGUUGUGCUCUCCUGUGUCAUUGCCAUGGUGGAGACCUGGUGGACUAGGAGGAAGGGCUCACGAGUCCCCUCCAAGGAGGACGAUAAGGAGAUCGACCUGGAGCACCUUCACCACCGGGUUAACAGCCUGUGUGCGGAGGACGACAGCCCCCACAAGCAGUUCUCCACCUCCUCUAUUGACCUGACGCCCCUGGACAUGGACUCUAUGCCAGCUGCCCGGCAGGCCCUGGAGCAGAUCAGCGACUUCCGCAACACGCACAUCACCACCACCACCUUCAUCCCCGAGCAGAUCCAGACCCUCAGCCGCAGCCUGUCCACCAAGGCCCAACAGGGCUUCGCCUUCGGUCCCGUGCAGGACCACCGGACUGGGGGAACCUUCAGGCAGAGAGCCCCCAACGGUGGCUUCUUCCGCAGUCCCAUCAAGACAAUGUCCUCCAUACCCUACCAGCCCACUCCCCAGCCCAACUUCAGCUACGGCAACGACCCCGAUCGGGGUACAUCCAUAUGAGGAGGAGGAGGAGGAGGCCACAUAGUGAGAGAGAUGUAAUCAAAUACACUCACAAAGCUCUAUGUACAUAGGAAUUUUUCAGUUCAGUU